CAUUUUUAAGGGAUCCUAUAUUGCUGUUUUGGAGAAGGAUGAUGAGAUUUUUUCAAUGGCAUGUUUAAGAAUUCAUGGGACAAAGCUCGCUGAGAUCCCAUUCAUUGCCACCUGUGAAAAAUACCGUAAUAAAGGGAUGUGCAAACGAUUAUUGUUUGGAAUCGAAUGGGCUCUUCGACAUCUUCAAAUUGAAAAUUUAGUAAUUUCAUUCUCAAAAGAAAUGGCUAGUCAUUGGAUUCGACACCAUCGCUUUAAAAAGAUUGAAAGCUCAUUAGAAGAAGAUAUAAGGCACACGAAAACCUUAUUGUUCUUCCAUAAUACAACGAGGAUACAAAAGACCUUAAUACGCAAGCCAGAGAAGUCAAAGAUUGUCUUUGAUGUUGAUUUAAACCUAGCAGUUGAAGAUCAAGGGCAGAUAGAGUAG